UCUGAUUGGAAAGUAAAGACGAGCGACGAGCAUCUUUAAAACAAAAAAAGAAAAUCUUUUUUUUAGCAAUAAAUUAACUAACACACGCACCUACAAAGAAGAAGAGUAACAUCAUCUCUUUCUUUUGCUUUGCGUAUAAAGUUCAAUUCAGCACCCAGCGCAAAAAAAGGAAAAAAAAAAAAGAAGCGUAAUUCUAUGCCAGGCCAAGUCAGUGUGUAUAAAAUGUGUUUUCUUUCAGUGUUCGUCUUCUUUUCUGCUACAUGUGUGCAUGCACUUGUAUAUAGUUUUUCCUCUUCAUCGUAUACAUACAAAUUUGAAGAUUUGAUGCGAUUUUGAAUUAAUCAGAAGUUUUCAUUUCAAAUAUUAAUUAAACAAACGCUAAUGCUACCAAUGUUUUGGUUUUAUGCCUGCUGUGUUCUUGUGUUCGUUAAAUGCGCCGGUUUGUGCAAACAAAUGAAAAAAAUAUUGUCAUUAAAAUUUUAAUGAUCAUUGUGAAAAUCUAUAAUUAUCGCUAUAAUUAUUGUCUCGAAAAUGGUCUGGGUUCGUCGUGUUGUUAUUUCUGUAUGAGUGUAUCUAAACGCCAAUAUUAAAUGAGUACGAGUGAAUAAACUAUAGUUCUAUUGCAUUUAAAUAUCGAGUGCUUGCUUGAGUGUUCAUCUGCUUAAAAAUAGAGAGAGUACGAAGUGAACAAAAUGUUAAAAUUAGAAAUUUAUUUUUAAAAGAAAAUAAUUUGAGAGAAAGCGUAGAAGGAAUAAUUCUGCAAAGAAGUGAUUUGCACUACAUGAGACCCAUGUGAAAUGCCUUAUGAAAAAUUCAAUAAAAAGCGUCGACAAUGGGAGGAUAACGGUGUUCUAGAAUUAAUUAAAUUAUGGAAAACUUGCGCCUAUGAAUUGCGCACUAUCAAACGUAAUGGCCAUCUCUAUGUGGCGAUGGCAAAACAAUUAACUGGCCUUGGAGUACCAGUAACUGCACUAGAAGUUCAUUUUAAAGUUAAUAAUUUAACGCAACGCUACAGACAAGAGCAGAAAACCUUCGAGACUACAGGCAUAAUAAGCACGUGGAAAUUUUAUAAUCAGGUGGAUGACGUUUUCAAAAGCUUGGGGCAAGCAGGCUAUAAAGAUAAACGCCUUAUGACACCAGCAUCUAAUGCAUCUAAUUUGCCGUCUUCAUCCGAGUCACCAGUUUGGAAAAGUCAAAUGUCUCAACAAGAAUUUAAUAGCAAUAAUUCCGAAGGAUUUUAUAAAUCGGAAUACGGGAUGCAUCGUCAUUUUUUAGAACACAAUCAGACACCACCUAAUGCCGGUUCGGGCGGUGCGGGAAAUAAUGCAAAUGGCGCUGGAGCCGAUGUGAAUUUUAUGACGUCUACAGCGGCAGCCGCUGUGGCCGCCGCCUCUGCUCGUUUAAAUGAGAGUAGUCAAAUGGAUCAAAUGAAUGUUGCUGCUGGCACUUCCUCAAACAACACCUCAAACGGUGGUGUCCUCAUUUAUAAUAAGAUCAAGAAAUGCCCUGACGAUUAUGAUAAAUUUGUUGAAAUUGUCAAAAAUAUUGUGGACACACAUAAAGCCGACACCGAUAAAGUGGACGCAUUUUGUGAUUUCAUUAAAUCGUACAUUAAACGUUGGCCAGAACGUCUGCAAGAUGAGGCCAUCAGCCACAUAACGAGCUAUGUUGUCGCCAAGAAUACAGACUAUGGUAUCCAGAUUGUCAAUAAUAGACAGCAAUGAAAGUGAAACAAAUGUAUAUCCUAGCUAGACUUGCAUCCUAACUAGGCGUUAAUAAUUGAUUAAAAAGGUUACUUAAGCACUAUAACUUUUAUAAUAAUUCUAUAAUGUGUAAUAGUUAUAGAUAAGAUUUUUAAUUUUUUCUUUAAAUUAUUUAUUAAGUUUAUUUAGAUUUUUUUUGUAGUUAUGGUCUUAAGAUUAGAUUCUUAAAAAUCUAAAAUUAAAAAUUAAAAAAAAAUGCUAACUUAAUUUUGAUUUUUUUUUCUAAUAAACUCGAAUUAUCCACAAAUGUACGUUUAAAAUGUAACUUAAUAUAGUGAAUUACAUUUAAGUAUACAUACACAUGCAGAUAAAAUGAAAGCUGAAUGCAAAAAUAUUUUUAGUUUUUAUUUUUUGAAGUGUAAACUCUAUUUUACCCUAAUUUUAAGUCAUUACAAUAUAAAAAUUAUGUUUCAAAACUGAACGACUACAAAAUAUAUAAAUU